AUCCCCUCGGCCGCAACUACCGUUGUUGAGUCCGUGAGGCGGUAAGCGUGGAUUACACACGACACUUCAAUUCUGAAGCUCAUUCUCCAAAGCUAACAAUCGAUUCACCACGCGCCACUCCACAUCGGCCAUGGCCUCUACUUUAGCUCGCAAAUCCGUCGGCGCUUUUCGUUCUCGUCAGCUCGCUGCUGCUGGACAAGCUUGGCAGGACCCGAAUCGGUACGGUAUUGGGUCUCGCUCAUUUGCCACCAAGCACUCAUUUUCAACGGACAAAGAUGAUGAAGAGAGAGAGAAGCUUGCUAGAGAAAUAUCCAAGGAUUGGAAUUCAGUAUUUGAAAGGAGCAUCAACACAUUAUUUCUGACUGAAAUGGUCCGGGGUCUGUCGCUGACUCUUAAGUACUUCUUUGAGAAGAAAGUUACUAUCAAUUAUCCAUUUGAGAAGGGUCCGUUGAGUCCUCGAUUCCGUGGGGAACAUGCUCUCCGAAGAUAUCCAACUGGGGAAGAACGUUGCAUUGCCUGUAAACUUUGUGAAGCUAUUUGCCCUGCUCAAGCCAUAACUAUCGAAGCAGAAGAGCGAGAAGAUGGGAGUCGUCGAACUACUAGGUAUGACAUUGACAUGACGAAGUGCAUCUACUGUGGUUUCUGCCAAGAAGCUUGUCCUGUCGAUGCCAUUGUUGAAGGGCCUAAUUUUGAGUUUGCUACUGAGACUCAUGAGGAACUUCUGUACGACAAGGAAAAGUUGCUAGAGAAUGGAGACCGAUGGGAAACUGAGAUUGCUGAGAAUCUGAGAUCUGAAAGCCUCUAUCGUUGAGUGUCAUUCUCGUGGUGGUGGUUUGUUUCCUGGAAACUGGGUUCCCUUGUCCUGUGUAUGAGAUAAGAAGAGAGGUGUGCCUACUCAUAGAUAGUUUUCCCGCUUUGAUUUUGAUAAACUAGUUUUCUCCUGAUCCUUACAAAUUCUUCUUUUACAUCUGGAAGCACAUAUUGCGUUAAAUAUUGCAAGGCAAUAGAAUAAGCUUCAACCUGAUAAUUAAGGGCUCCAAAUUGGCUUCGCAACCUUGAUUGUGUAUCGUGAUUUGUGUGGUGAAAAUCUAUCAUUUUUUACAUCCAAAAGUGCCGCAGUACGGUCAUCAGGGUGCAUCUCUACAAGAGAAUUUAUUUUACAUCUUUGGCCGAACUAGUAGUAAAUGUUGUUUCAUUGAGAUUAUUUACUUGAUGACAAAAACAUUUCUUCGAG